ACUAAGACUGCUAGGGGCUUACACGGAGGGAAUUGAGCCAGCAUCACCACGAUGGUGUUGUUGGAGAGUGAGCAGUUCCUGACGGAGCUGAACAGACUUUUCCAGAAGUGCUGGACAUCGGGCAGCAUCUAUAUCACCUUGAAGAAGUAUGGUGGUCGAACCAAACCCGUUCCAAAGAAAGGUUCUGUGGAGGGCUUUGAGCCCUCAGACAAGUGUCUGUUAAGAGCUAUCGAUGGGAAAAAGAAGGUCAGCACUGUGGUGAGCUCCAAGCAAGUGAAUAAGUUUCAGAUGGCUUAUUCAAACCUACUGAGUGCUAACAUGGAUGGGCUGAAGAAAAGGGACAAAAAGAACAAAAGUAAGAAGACCAAAGCAGCAGCACAGUAAAGGCCACAAAUUUCCUGCUUUCACCAAUUAACCACUGAAUUGUUAUUUUUUCCUUUGGUUUUUACUUUUGGCCACAUAGCUAGGUUUCUGGUUACCCUACACUAG